AUGAGCACGGGCAGCACCGCGGUGCUGCCGUCCAUGGCUCCUGAGGUGCAGAAAUUCUUCGCCGGAGGCGGCGCCGGGAUGACGGCCGUGUUCUGCACGUAUCCGCUCGACCUGGCGAGAGCGCGUAUGGCUUUGUUGAUCGAGCAGGGCGCCAAAGAAGUGCCGUCCAUGUUCGGCACUGUCCGCGAUGUGUGGCGAGAGGCCGGCAUCCGCGCCCUCUACUCCGGAGCGGGAGUGUCCAUGACCGGCGCAGCUAUCUACUGUGGAUUGAAAUUCGCCACCUACGACGGUUGCAAGGACUGGUGCCGGAGAUAUCUCCUGCCCGACCCUGAUGGGCCGCCCUCGGCGCUGCACCGCGCGCUGAGUGGGGGCGUGGCCGGCGUCCUCGCACAGACCUUUGUCUACCCCUUCGAUGUUUUGCGGCGGCGUCUGCAGACGGGCGGAGCGGCCAUGAAGGAGAAGUAUCCUGGAAGUAUACGAGGCCUGUGGACCUUGUACAAAGAGGAGGGCGUGGUGCGUGGCCUCUACCGCGGAUGUGCGCUGAACUAUGUGAAGACCGUGCCAAAUACCACCGUUUAUCUGGCGCUCUUCGACAUCCUGAAAGACACCUUUUGCACAGCCUGA